AGCAUCUCUCGCAUUCUGCUUCAAAGGGAAAUUCACUUCAAUUGUGUCGAUCUAUACUUCUUCGUCUUCCGUUGCGAAACCCUAGAGGUCGUUGUGGUUCGGAGAUGGCGGACACUGAGACGUUUGCCUUCCAGGCGGAGAUCAACCAGCUGCUCAGUCUUAUUAUCAACACCUUUUACAGCAACAAGGAGAUCUUUCUCCGUGAGCUCAUCAGCAACUCCUCCGAUGCUCUGGACAAGAUUAGAUUUGAGUCUUUGACCGACAAGAGCAAGCUCGAUGCUCAGCCAGAGCUCUUCAUCCACAUCAUCCCUGACAAGGCCAGCAACACCUUGUCUAUUAUUGACAGUGGGGUCGGGAUGACCAAGGCAGAUUUGGUCAACAACCUCGGUACGAUUGCCAGGUCUGGUACCAAGGAAUUCAUGGAGGCAUUGGCAGCUGGUGCUGAUGUGAGCAUGAUCGGGCAGUUCGGUGUUGGUUUCUACUCGGCUUACUUGGUUGCUGAUAAGGUCGUUGUCACAACAAAGCACAACGAUGAUGAGCAAUAUGUGUGGGAGUCCCAAGCCGGUGGGUCCUUCACAGUGACCAGAGAUACCUCUGGGGAGAUCCUUGGUAGGGGUACCAAGAUUACUCUCCACCUCAAGGAAGACCAACUAGAGUACCUUGAGGAGCGUCGGCUCAAGGAUUUGAUCAAGAAGCACUCUGAGUUCAUCAGCUACCCGAUCUCUCUGUGGGUUGAGAAGACAAUCGAGAAGGAGAUCUCUGAUGACGAGGACGAGGAAGAGAAGAAGGAUGAAGAAGGAAAAGUUGAAGAGGUAGAUGAGGAGAAAGAGAAGGAAGAGAAGAAAAAGAAGAAGAUCAAGGAGGUUUCUCAUGAAUGGUCUCUUGUGAACAAGCAGAAGCCGAUCUGGAUGAGGAAACCUGAGGAAAUCACCAAGGAGGAGUACGCUGCUUUCUACAAGAGUCUUUCCAAUGACUGGGAAGAGCAUUUGGCCGUCAAGCACUUCUCGGUUGAAGGACAGCUCGAGUUCAAGGCAAUUCUCUUUGUCCCCAAGAGAGCUCCGUUCGAUCUGUUCGACACGAAGAAGAAACCCAACAACAUAAAGCUCUAUGUCCGACGUGUCUUCAUCAUGGACAACUGUGAAGAGAUCAUCCCAGAGUACCUCGGCUUUGUGAAGGGUAUUGUCGAUUCCGAGGACUUGCCUCUCAACAUCUCGAGAGAGAUGCUGCAGCAGAACAAGAUCCUCAAGGUUAUACGCAAGAACCUGGUGAAGAAAUGCAUCGAGCUCUUCUUCGAGAUCGCUGAGAACAAGGAAGACUACAACAAAUUCUACGAGGCGUUCUCGAAGAACCUCAAGCUCGGUAUCCAUGAGGAUUCCCAGAACAGGACCAAGAUUGCGGAGCUGCUCCGCUACCACUCCACCAAGAGCGGUGACGAGUUGACAAGUCUCAAGGACUACGUGACGAGGAUGAAGGAAGGACAGCAGGACAUUUACUACAUCACUGGCGAGAGCAAGAAGGCCGUAGAGAACUCCCCUUUCCUCGAGAAGCUGAAGAAGAAAGGGUACGAAGUCCUGUUCAUGGUCGAUGCAAUCGACGAAUACGCGAUCGGACAGCUGAAGGAAUUUGAGGGGAAGAAACUCGUCUCUGCCACCAAGGAGGGUCUGAAACUCGAAGAGUCCGAGGACGAGAAGAAGAAGAAGGAAGAGCAGAAGGAGAAGUUUGAGGGUCUGUGCAAGGUGAUAAAGGAUGUGCUGGGAGACAAGGUGGAGAAGGUUGUGGUCUCGGACCGUGUGGUGGACUCACCGUGCUGUCUGGUGACGGGAGAGUACGGAUGGACGGCCAACAUGGAGAGGAUAAUGAAGGCACAGGCGUUGAGGGACAGUAGCAUGGCGGGGUACAUGUCGAGCAAGAAGACGAUGGAGAUAAACCCGGAGAAUCCCAUCAUGGAUGAGCUGAGGAAGAGGGCCGAUGCCGACAAGAACGAUAAGUCGGUGAAGGAUCUUGUGCUGCUGCUGUUUGAGACGGCUCUGUUGACAUCGGGGUUCAGUCUCGAUGACCCGAACACGUUCGGGAGCAGGAUCCAUAGGAUGCUGAAACUCGGUCUGAGCAUUGACGACGAAGCUGGGGAGACCGAGGGGGAUGCCGACAUGCCUCCACUUGAAGACGACGCUGAGGCUGAGGGAAGCAAGAUGGAGGAAGUCGACUAAGUCUGAUAUCACUGGUGCAGUUUUUUUUUUUAAUCGUUUUAAGACAAUACCCUUUUCUUUUUAUCCUCCCUUUCCAAGUUGAGAAACCUUUGUCCGUUUCGGGUUUUGUAGCUCAACUCUGCUGCUAGUUGCUGUUGUUGGCGACAUUUUAUCGCGUAAUCUCUAAUUCCGAACGAUUCCUGCCGGUUUCUUCUAUUUGGGCACAUGCCCUUCCCAGACUGUGGUCCGUAGUAUAAAACGUUACAUGGUCGGUAAGCUUUGUUAUUCAUGAAACUAUGGAAAUUACUCAUCUAUGUUUGGGGUCUAGCUAUGCCUUAUGUAUCUCUUUAAAAACUAAAAAUUCAAGAAUUUAGUUUUGAUUUCA